CUUCAUUCCCCACGAGGGAAUCCCUGUCAAGCAAAGCGGCAGGCCGAUUCUGCGCAUGCGUCCCUCUGCUGGCGGCGGCACGCGCGAGUCCGCCUCUGCCAGGGCUUCUCUCUGAGGUUUCGUCGCAGUAUGGCGGUUCCCAGUUCAGAAGAACAGAAAAAGCAAAACUGUUUCAUCUUGGGUGCUUCUGGAGAAACUGGGAAAGAAUUGCUACUUGAAAUCUUAAAGCAGCAAAAAUUCUCUCGUGUCACCCUCAUUGGCCGCCGAAAGCUAAAUUUUGAAGGGACUCUUUACAGUAACGUGGCCCAAGAAGUUGUUGACUUUGAGAAGCUAGAUGAAUUUGCUGCUGCCUUCCAAGGACAUGACAUAGGAUUUUGCUGCUUGGGGACAAGCAGAGCCAAAUCUGGAGCGGAUGGAUUUGUGCGUGUUGACCGUGAUUAUGUUGAACAUGCAGCAAAGCUAGCCAAAGCUGGUGGGUGCCACCACUUUAUCCUAGAGUCAAGCAGAGGUGCAGAUAGCUCCAGCAGAUUCCUCUAUCUAAAGACUAAGGGUGAAGUAGAAAACAGGAUUAAGGCACUUGGAUUUGACCGAUUCUCCAUAUUUAGACCAGGGGUGCUGCUAUGUGAUCGCCAGGAAUCUCGGCCUGGUGAAUGGCUGGCCAGGAAAGUCCUAGGAGUGGUAGCCCAUUUCUUUCCCACCUAUAUGUCUAUUCCUACCACGACAGUGGCCCGAGCAAUGGCCAAUCUUGCAGUGAUGCCAGCAAAAGACGGGCAGAAAGUAGAGGUGCUGGAAAACGCUGCCAUUCAUGCCCUUGGUCAGUCAAAGUAAUCAAUGGAGAAUAAGGGAUGUUUUUUGGAUAGCUUUAUAAUGAAGGGGUUUCACUGAUUGCCCCAAACCCAGCUUUACUCAUAUAUUUUUAUACUUCGGAGGGUCUUUAAAUAAGCAAUACCUAUGAAUUGCAUUUGAUAGGAUUGUUGCCUCAGAAGUAUGUGAUCCAGAAAUAACCAAAAAAAAAAGCCUUAAUGUCAUUGGUGCUGUUUCAGAAGUUUUAAAUGUGUAUUCUGCCUAGUAAUAAAAUUAAUUAAUUAGCAAUGGAA